AUGAAAACUAACUUAUCUUUCACCCAACUUGGUUCGGUAUUUAACAUACCAGGCUCAGCAGAAGAUCGUCGAAAACGAGCUAGCGACGCAUUUCAAACAGUUGAAAAUAUAUUAAUGGAAAUUUUUGUUCCUCAACGGUUAGGUGUUAGCCAUAUUUCUCGCCAACAGGCAGAAGAACAUCAUACAAUUUAUUCGAAAGAAUUUUUUGGUUCUCUUUGUCUUAUAUGGGAUGGUACUUAUAUAUAUACUGGUAAAAGUGCUGAUCAUGGAUUAAAUCGCGCAAUGUAUUCGGUUCAAAAGAAAAGACAUCUUGUGAAAUUCAUGUCUCUUGUACUUCCUGAUGGGUACGUUUUGGAUACAAUAGGACCAUUCUAUGGAAAUGAAAAUGACGCUAAAAUAUGUGAACAAAUUUUGACAACAAUGGAUCGAUUGAGAGAAUGGUGCAAUGUCAAUGACGUCAUGAUAGUAGAUCGCGGUUUUCGUGAUAUAUUAAUUACAUUUGAAGAAUUAGGAUUUGAUUCCAAAAUGCCCGCUUAUCUUGCUCGAAAUAUGAAACAACAUACUGCUGAAGAAGCAAAUGACUCACAUCUGAUUAUAUCGGCUGUACUAAAUGCAUAUCGUCCAAGAACAACUGAAUCAGUUGAUCCGCAAGCCCAGAAAACAUUGGCUAUGUCAACGGAACAACGUGCAGCAAUGCAAAAUGAUUUAAAAAAACGGGUGGAAUCCGGAAAAUUAAGUUCAAAAUCGAACUGGGAAAAAAUCAAUGAAGCAGAUUUUGAUUUUCCUCUUCUUGAUCUCGAUGAUUUAUGUUCUUUGUUCUUCCGUGUCUACCAACUUAAGCAAAGUCGGAGUUAUACAGCUGAACAUUUGGAUGAUGAUGGAAAUUACUAUAUUGAAAUUAAACCGUAUGAACAUAGUCUCAUUCGAUGUGCUAUACGUACUCGACAUUCGCACAGCACAAAAUAUUAUGUAUGGGUUGAAUAUUCAUUACGCGAUACAUCAGAGCCUACUAAAUGUCGGCAUUUAAAAUUUAAAAGUGGUGAGAGAACCGUUGGUUGUUGUGCACAUGUCGCCUGCAUUAUAUGGUGA